UUGCUUAGCCAGCCAUAAUCGUGCAAAGGAUAAGAAGUAGUUUGAGAAACGAAACACUUGACGCGGUCGGAAACAGCGUUAUCAAUCUCUCCUCGACUCCGUAUUGCGAAACCAAUAAACGCACAAUUCAGCGUAGCGGACCUCCGUGAGACCACCUGCCCCAUUCCAACGUUGUUUCGUGACAGGGUCGGAAUGUUCUCGCGUGCACACUUUGCAGGCGGCGUCGAUGAACGGCAACGCUAAAGAGCAACACUUGCGUGUCGCUUCAGAGAAAAUGAACACGAGAAUGGCAACAGGCACUUUCUUCUGCAUUUGCCUUAUUAUGCGUUAUUUUGAGCGUUAUUUAAAGUAAAUCAGAGUUUAUUUUGACGGAAAAGGUUUCACCUGAAAUGCUUUCGCAGUAGUUUGUACACAAGGUAACAAGCAAUUAAGUUAAAACCGUUGCGCAGGAAAUGUGAAACAUUGAGGCUUUAUGUUUACGAACAUGGAAACUGAGGUAGAUGAAAGAAAACCCUGCAAAGAAUUUGGCUCUACUUGUUUUGUUACUGAGAGACGAGAAUAAGAUCGCCAGAGGAGUGGUGCAACAGUUUGUGGGAAUAAAACAAUUUCUCAGCCACCAUCGUCACUCUGUGCUGAACACGAUAUGAGACCGAUGGUGUCGUGACAUCUGUACAGAGAUUCAUCUUGCUGUCGCUGAACACUUAAUAACUGUUGCUGAACUCCCAAGACCAACCCUGCAAAAAAGUGAGGAAACAGCCAUGUCCACACCAUGGGAUUUUAAACCAUUUUACCAAGAGAUGCAUCCAACUGUUUUAAACAUCCCCAGUCUCAGUGAAAACUGAGCUUGUCAUUAAAAGCAAAUCUGGUGCGUGAAUCUCAAGCCUCUGGAGGUUUACAUGGAGUGACUGCCCUUGAAAAUAUCUGUUGUGAAGACAGUCUUACCUUGCAAAUUUGAUGCCGUCUUUCUGCCAUCAUCAGCUUUUUUGUGUAUCUGUAUGAUCAGAACAUUCGCUAAUAACCUAAAAUACCUUUGGAUGGUUAGAAAAGGUAUAUUUAUUCUUCAGCAGGCUAUUUUAAAUUUGCACAUGAGAUUAUUCAGCUGGUAACUUUUCAUAUGCUGAAUAAAGAAAUGAGUAUUUAUUAUAGUUCACUAAUGUAGAUGUUUCCAGGCCAAAAUGAUUCCUCACCAUAAUUCCCUAAAUCACUCAAGGGAGUUCACCGCUCUGGGCGGUCCUGUUAACACGUAAACAAGUGCAGCUGAAAGUUUAAAGAGAUUGUUUAUACUCAUUAAUAAUCAGGGAGCAUUGCAGGUCAGGGAAAUUUGCCUAAAGACAUAAAGUGCCAUUUUUGAAUGUAAGGAGUGCCCAAACAGAACAGUUUACAUUUUUAAGAUGUUUACAGUUGCCCCUUUCUCUUAAAUUAAUAUUUCAUUUUAAGAAGUGCCAAAACAGAGGAAUUAAUGUAAAUGUUGUACACUAUAGUUGAAUUGCCUUCAUGUGUCAUCAAUACACUAAACUAUUUAUUAAGUAAUAUAACAAUGAAAUCGAGAAAAGCCAUUACUUGUUUGUCUGCGGAUAUGUGAAAAUGUAUAUUUUUGAAGACUAAUUCAAAUGAAUAUUCUUUGAAUUCUUUGUUGCCGACUAAAAAUAGCGUCGCCAUUUGAAUUGUUAUACAUAGGCCUGUCAUUUUCUCUUCAGCUUUAUGCUGGAACUAAGAAUUGCAUGUGAUGACGAACUAUAUGUUUUGUAACUUGUGUGGCUCACCUUGAAGCUGAAAGCAAAAUAGUUUUUUGUCUCACACUGUCUCACAGAUUGACACUUUAUUGCACACACCUAACAGACUUUUUUUAGACUGAUUUGAUAUAGACUCAAAUUCUAUACGUCGGAGCAAAGUAUUUUACUUACAGCAUUGAACAGGCUGUUUUUUAUAAAAAGAGAAAUAAUCUGCAUUGUGCAGCAAGUUGAGUCAGCGAGAGGAAAUAGCAGCGUUAGUCAUGUAAAGAUGAUGCCCACCUUGGAAGCCCGAGUGCGUGUCAUCAUUCUCUUCCUGCUAAUCGCCGUCCCACUUAACACUUUCUCAGCGAGUGUCCCGGGCCUGUCUAGAAACACACCAAAUGGCCCUAUCACCUUUACCACGACGCCCAACCCCAGAUCUCAGGGAAGGGGCUUUCUGUUCCCACUUACUAAAACCGGUGGGAACAUGCGAGGGAAGCCUACGAAUCAUUGGCCGAAGCAGCCAGCUGGAGCAGCUGAAAUGCCCCCUAGGCCGCUGCCUCAGAAAAGCCUGCCGAGGAACAUCACGGACGAUGCCCUGAAGCCCCCUUUGGAGGGAGCGCGAGUUCCGCCUCCUCGCAAACUGGUGGAAAUAGAUGUGUGCCGGGGCUAUUACGAUGUGAUGGGGCAGUACGACCUCACCUUUAAUUGUUCCAAGGAUAACUUCAUCUUCUGCUGCGGGACCUGCCACUACCGAUUUUGUUGUCCGGAUCGUACCCGAAAGCUGGAUCAGAACACCUGCCACAACUACCACUCCCCCGUGUGGGCCAAUACUGCCCCGCCGGCAACCAAGCCCACACUGCCGGGUCAUCCUGACCUCACCCGUAUCGAGCAGAGCAACAACACAGUGUAUGUUAUCGGUGGGGUCAUCUCAUUUACAGUCGCAGUGGCCGUGGCCAUUAAAGUGGCGUUCCACAAGGCAUCACGCCAACCUAGGAUCAGAGAACUUGACAUGCCCAGGGCUCUUGUGGAAAUGUUGCGUCACCAAUCAAGUCCUGUCCAAGAGGGUGAGAGAAACAACAGUGUUGCCCUGGGAAGUGGAGGAGGAGAGGGGACGCUUGGACGCCCCCCUAAAAACCACUAUCCUACCCUACAGAGUAAAGAUAAUCGAUUGGGAAAUCUGCAACAUAAUUUUAUCCAUACGACAGGCUCCAGCCCCAAACAUACAGCCACCAUUGAGCGUGCACCGCGUAUGAACAACAUGCAGAUGACCACUGGUGGCACCUUGAAACCCAGCAAGCAUACGAACGCCAUGAAGCCCCAACCUUCCUUUCAUCACUCCUUACACAACCUGGCUCAGCUUCCCCCCUCGUAUGAAGCCGCCAUGAAGCCUGAGAUGAACAGAUACUCUUCUCUUAAGCGUCUGGAAAAAGGAGGACUGGAGGACUAUUCAGGUUACUGUACAACGAAACGGAGGCCCAACAAUCCCCCUCCUUCCUUUCAUUCUUCCCAGCACCAUCUUCCCUGGGGAGGCGACUACACAUUGGGGGGUCGAGGCACACUUCCUACCCAUGCCAAUCGCCCUCGAAUACCUCAUCCUCAAUCUGCACCAAGCCACACCCCAAAUCCCUACCCUCUGGAUCCACCGGAGUCAAAGCAAAACCAGAAUUACGAUACGCUUUCGAAACCACCACGCCGUGUUAAGUCGACAGACCAGCUCCUUGCCCUCGCUGAUGGAAACACCUUAUCAAGGCUCUCAAAGAACCAGCAGCACCAGUACUACAAAUCGAAAAACUCCAAUAACCAAAACACGCUGCAGAAAUCCAAGGAGAGGCUGCUAAUGUCACCAGAUCAUCUAGACGAGUCACUGGAGUAUGGCGGAGGUGGAAGCGGGAUGGGCAUGGGAAUGGGCGACUACACGUCCGGAGGGGGUAGCGGGAUGGGUAGCGGGAUGGUGCCUACCCUGCCCCGCGUGAGCCAUCAGAAAGCUCAGUCACAGCAGAACGUCUGCGCCACGCCGUCACUCGACCGGCAUCACAUGAUCAAGAUGAACUCGCACCCGACGUCGGGGCGAGAGCAAGAGCGGAAUUCCGCAGCCAUGUCGGGUCACCUGGGAGGAGGCGGGGUCGGGGGAGUGGGAUGGGGCGACAUGCCCGGAACCGGGGUUGUCAUGGGAACAGGAACUCUUGGUGGACACAGUGCCAGGAGGCUUGCAUUUGCAGCUAAAAGGCAAAAUACCAUUGAACAACUUCACUUCAUCCCUGGUACAGGGGGGAGUGGAGGAGGAGUGGCGUCAAACCAAGGGGUUAGAACAGGCAGCAAAAAUGAGGUUACUGUGUGAGCAAGCCAGAGAGGCUAUAGCUAUAAUGAAAGGGGAAGGAAGAAGAUGGGUUAGGGAUAGACUGUGUGAAAAGUUGGAGGAUGGUAUAAAGAUGGUGGGAGAGUGUGGGUGGAGAAGGGAAGAAAUAACGAGUAAAGAGAGAAAAGGAGUAGGAAGAUGUAAAGGAAUCAGAGAAACUGAAUUUGAAGGAGGGGGUGAGACAAACUACACGAAGAGGUUCAUAAAGAGCCAACUGGCACCAUAUUUUUACAAAUAUAUAUAUAUAUUGUAUAUAGUGGCAAAUUCAUCAAAUGAGUUUAGGUAACAACAGUUGUAAGUCAGGUCUGAUUGAGCUUCAAAGUUGUUGUGCUGUUUAUGUUUACGAAUUUUGCCGCUAUAAUUAUAAUGAUCAAAUGUUGCCAUAUACGAUUAUUUAUUUGUGUCAAGUCUGCCUAUAACCUACUGCGCAGAAUAUCGAUAGAGUGUAAUAUAAAUUUUUCACGAGGUGACAGAUGAACUGACAUUUUUUGUCAUAUGUUUUUAUUCUCAAAUAUUGUACAUUAUUACACUUUACAGAUAUAGCUGCUAAUGGAGCCAUAUUUCAGCAAACAGCUCUCAUCUUAUAAAUAUGAUGGAAACAUCAGGACUAAUCCUUAUGCAACAUAUGCAUAAGAGGAACAAGAAAUGAUCAUCCAAACUGAUUUAUAAAGUUAUUUACAUAUUGGCAAACAAACUAAGAAUCAUUGAAGGGAAAAAGAGUCAAAUAACUGAACGCAAGCAUAAUGCUGGAUCUCUUUUUAAACCCUAAUUCACUGCUACAUAAUGAGGACGUAUUGCAGGGCUGUUAUAAUUUAUGUCAAAAUGAAUGAUGAUGGAACAAUACGAGGAGCUGAAUUUUGAAAAACUGUCAAGAAUUGACAUGAUUUUUGCAUUGAAUUGAAGUUUGGAUCCUCCUCAAUAAGAGAAAGCAAGCCUUACCAUAAAUGACCUGCAGUUUGAAUUUACAUGGAUGUGCAAACUGAGUUGCUGUUUGCGAAAACCUGAGAAAAGAAUACAAGUUCGCCCUUCAGUAGAUACCUGGGGGAUGCUCUGAACUAUCAAUGAAAGCCAUUUUAGGACACUGUCGGGCAGGAAAGCCCAGAUUAAAAACCAAGAGAUAUGUCUGACAAUCAUCUUUAUCUUCAUAUAAAAAAAAAGACUAAUUUAUGAUCAUUGGCACUUUGUUUGGAUUCUGAGCCACUACUUUCUACAAUGUUCGAGUGUUGGGAUUUGUAAAAAGGGGUUCAUCACAAAGGACGCUGAACUACCAAAAGUAUAAGGAAAUGAAAAAGACAUAGAGAUGAGAUCCUGUAAUGUUGGGUACAGUACUUGCUACUUUUUAAGGAAACCUCAAGCUAUUAAAUGUAGAUCUGAUGAGAAAACAACACAGUAAGGGCACUCAUAAGUGUAUUUUUAUGACAUAAAAUAAGUGCAUAACAUGGCAGUCACAUUAUCUCGCUCAGGUGUGUAGGCAUUUAAAUGUGCAUAAGGCAAACCUUCUGGACUGCUUUCUGAAUCGCCAUGUUUAAGCCAUGUGUACAUGCUGUUAAAACUGAGACUUUAUGAACGACCUGAGGAUAGGGUUAUGCCAAAACAGCUAACCUGUAUUUUUAAAUCUGCUGUUACUGAGCUGGACAAAACACAUCAUACCUGACAUUUUCAUAACCAAUAACGCUUAUCAAUAUUAAGGGCUAUACAACAUAUGCGUUAGUGGUACCUGCAAAUGUUACCCACAGCUUAUUUAUAAUUACUUAUAAAAAAUAUGAAGUUGGUAAUUAUUAAAAAAAAAUGUAAAUGUGGGAUUGGUCAUAAAAAGCCAGAUAUUAUUUAGUGUAAGGUUCUGACCUUUGAGAAAUAAUACAGAGGGCAUUUUACAGAAACGUCCUAUUUUUAACUUAAGAUCUGAUCAGUUUGAUGUUAGGACGUUUCUGUAAUACAGCCCCAGCUCUCAUUAAUUCAUUUGAACAUAACCAUAUACAGCGAAACUUAUCUGUUUUUUGCCACAGAUUUCAUAUCUCCUGGUUAAUUUUCAGAAGCAUUCUAAGUUUCAGAUUCCUUUGCAUAUUAUAUGACUCCCGGUGAUAGUUUAUAUUACAUCAGAAGAGGAUUGGAGGUAACAUUCAUUUAACUUUUCACUGGAACUAGUGUGUAUCUUAAUGAAUUAUUAAUAAAACUUAAAAGACAAUCUUCCUAACAGCUCUGUAAUACUUAGGUGUUUGUUAUUGUCAUUACUAUGACAGGUAAUAUUAUGGUUAUUGGUGAUUUAUUCUUGUUGUUAUGGUUAUCUUAUGAUUAUGCUGGUGAUUUAUUUCCUCUGUGGUUUUUAGUGUUUUAGAGUGGUUUUGUUUUAUAUAUCUUUCUCAUGAAGUUUUUUUGAAAUUAUGAGUAGAAAAUAGAAGCACAAACUUUAAAUACAACUCAUUGUUUGCCAAUUCUUCAUGCAUUCCUAAUGAUGAGGAGUGCCUUUAAAAAUUUCCUAGUGUGAUGUCAUAUUGUAAUUGUUCUGAGCCUGCAAAUGUCAUUACUUGUUGCAGAGACAUCACAAUGGAUUUAUAAAUGAUGUCAUGGGAUGUAUGUUGUAUGUGUGUAACUGAAUGUCUUAUUUUGUUGAUUAAGUGAAAUUUCAAUUUUUUAACUGUUUAUUUCAGGGACAAUUCGAACAGCUGAAUCAAUUUAGUAUUUUCUUUGUCAUAUAAAAAGUCUGUAGCAAUGUCUGUUCAGUUUUGUAUCCACAAGCCAUAAUUAUGAUAUGUUUAUAAAAUAUCUUCACAAGGCAUAUUAUUGGAGAAAAAGCAAACAUUGGAUGUGCAAAUAAAGCCCUGAAGCAUUUUACAAGUUGGUACUCUACAAUGGAAAGUGCAUCGCUUGCACAAACAAGCAGGAAACUGAGUUUAAAAAUGCAGCAUUUAAUUUAAUCUUUAUAAACAAAAAAUAGAAUUAAUGUUUGCAUGAAUCACUUAAAAUCAAGCAUUAUCUUUUAAUAUGUUUACAUUGUUUUUUAACAAAGGCCUUCAAAUACCUUUUAUUAGGGGUUUUCAAACUAGUGGGUCACACAGUGGGAUCAGGUGGGUCACGCAAACUCACGCAAAUGCCAUAGGGAAAUAACAAAAAAAUCAUGCUAAUAUACACUUGUAUCAUAAUGCAAAAUUAACAGAAACACCCAAUCCUAAUUUUUAUCUCCAUAACAAAAUCAGAGAUGACCAGAAAUGGACAUGUUAUUUUUUACAAAAUUAUUAUAUUGCUGUCUGUGACUCUGUGAGCCUGGAGACUGCAGUGUACAAUGAGUUUAUAAAAUGUUGGCUUUAAUGUGUGAUAUAAAUAAAAUGUGCUCAUAAACGGUUGUUUAACUAAUAACCUCUAUUG